UGAGACUUUCUGUAUGUCAUAUGGUUGGUUGCGGUCAUAUAAACCCAUCAUUGAGUCGGACACAUCGGCAGGUGCCUCUCCUUCAAGUGUUAGAAUCUGUAUGGACUAGUUUAAGAAUAUAACACAACAAUGAUUUCAUGGGGAGAGGAUAGUCGUAAUGGCUUUGGUUUAGUGAAGCCGAAUGGUUUAGAUACGACCAAAACGGAUAUUAGUUGCGUUAAUUUGAUACACCUUAAAUCUAAAAUUCAGGGUCUGUCCGCAGGUAACAGUGUGGUCGCGUUUAUCAGAAAUAAUGGGAGACUAGUGUCUGUCGCACGGAUUCAAGAGGACCAAGAUGGGAGAAGAAUCACAGGGAAACUGAAGAGUGUGACAUGUAAGGAGACGAUUCGGGCUCUGAGUUGUGGAGAUUCUCAUGCUGUUUUACUGUCUGAAGAGGGCCGGGUUCUUUGCUUGGACAAAGCCAAUAUUCUCAGACCAUUGGAUAACCUAUGUAACCGACAGGUAACUCAGGUUGCAUGUGGAGACCAGCAUUCAAUUUCACUAACACAGGAUGGUCAGGUGUUCACAUGGGGUCAGAACACCAGCGGUCAGCUGGGUUUGGGGUGGGGCGAGCUCAGCGCCAUGUCCCCCAAGCCCCUGAAGUCUCUAUCAGGGAUCCCCCUGGUUCAGAUCACUGCAGGGGGAGACCACAGCUUCGCUCUGUCCCUUUCUGGAGCUGUGUUCGGCUGGGGCAAGAACACCGCCGGGCAGCUGGGACUAGGGGACACAACAAACAGACAUGCCCCAGCUCCUGUUGAUUGCCUGAAUCUGAAGAAGACUGUUUGGAUUUCAUGUGGAGGAGAACAUACUGCCGUUCUGACAAAGGGAGGUGUGGUGUUCACAUUUGGCUCAGGCCGCUAUGGACAGCUUGGACACAACUCUCUCCGAGAUGAACUACAACCUCGAGUGGUGGGGCAACUCUGGGGGUCAAAGGUGACCCAGAUAGCCUGUGGAAGACACCACACAUUAGCAUUUGUGGGGCCCUCCAAUAAGAUCUACUCAUUUGGGCACGGAGAGCAAGGGCAGCUGGGAAAUGGAGUAAAGAUUGAUCAGUCUGUGCCCCUUCCAGUACAACUGCCAGACCAGAUUGAUGACCAGAAAAUUGAACACAUUUUUGCUGGAGGAAACCAUUCCUUUGCAUUGUGCACUCUUGGUCAGGAGUCUGAAGAAAGGUCUAACAAUCUCAGGUCAAGUGUGGGCAAAGUUGAAGCUGUUGUCCAGCACACACUGCUUCCCUCCCUGUAUGAGGAGCCCAUUGGAGUGGAGGGCUUGAGGGUCUACCUGGUUCUCCCUGAGCUCCUGAGGGUCCUUCACAAACAGCACAGAAGGACAGAUCUCACCGAAGCCGUUGCUGCUGCUAUCCUCAGACUGCACCCCGACAAGCUGCAGGUCCUCGGUGACUGCUGGUCGUCAUUGAAGCCGUCUGUCAUGACCAAGCACAUUGGGAUGUGGAAGAAGGCCCUGUCGGGGAUUCUGAGGAGUGAACAUAUUCUACGCACUCGUGACCCUGGGAUCAAACACCUGCUCCAGGUCCUCGGCCAUCUCCACAGAGUCAAUGUCCAUGCUUCUCUGCUAAGGACUGGCAUGGGGCCUUUUGACAUGUUCCUCAUGGCGGCGCCUGCUCCGUUCUUUGAGCUGAGGCUGAAUAGAGCAUCACUCAUCGAAGACACUUUCCAUCAACUGAGUGUAGCAUGUCCCAGUACCUUCAAGAGGUCCCUUGUGGUGUAUUUUGACGAGGAUGCGAAGCUGACAGAUGUCUACAAAAGGGACUUCUUCCUCCAUUUGUUUAAAAAGCUGUUGGUCCCUGAGUUUGGGAUGUUCAUGUACAACGACACCGAGACGCUGGCCUGGUUCCCUGCAAUGCCUAGAGUGGAGGAGAAGCGUUAUUUCCUGUUUGGGGUUCUGUGUGGGAUGGCCCUGUACAACAACAACAUGGUGCACCUCCCCUUCCCCAUGGCCUUCUUCAAGAAGCUGGUGAACAUCAAGCCCUCUUUAGAGGACCUGAGAGAGUUUAGCCCCAUUGAAGCAGGGGGUUUGCAGAACAUCUUGGAUUGCCCUGAUGAUGAUGUUGAAAACAUGGACAGGACUUUCUCAGUGAUGUGGGGUGAUGUAGCGGUGGAACUUGAUCCCAAAGAAACUGGAAAACUUGUCACAAGUGCUAAUAAGAAGGAGUUUGUUGACACCUAUGUGAACUACAUCUUCAACCAGUCAGUAGAGGUGGUGUUUGAAGAGUUCAGGAAAGGCUUCUUCAAGGUGUGUGACAUAGACGUGGUGGAGUUCUUCCAGCCAGAGGAACUGAGGGGAGUGAUGGUGGGGAAGGAGAAUUUCGACUGGGAGACGCUGAAACAGAACACUGUGUAUGAAGGAGAGUACCAUGCUGGGCAUCCCAACAUCGUCACAUUCUGGGAGGUGUUUGAGGAACUGACAGAGGAUCAAAAGAAAGCAUUCCUGUUGUUCCUGACUGGCUUUGAUCGUGUGCCCAUCCUGGGUAUGAACCAGAUCAGGAUGAGGGUCCAAACCCUUCUCAACUCCUCCCAACAGCAUUUCCCAGAGGCGCUGACCUGUCACUCUCUGUUGCAGCUGCCCAUCUACCCCUCCAAAGAGACACUACAGAGGAGGCUCAUAGCGGCUGUUGGCCACAACAGAGGCUUCUGGAAUGAAUAAUGGGUGUAUAAUGUUGCUGCUGUAUAUACUCCUCUCCUGUGUUCAUCUUUUCAUUGUUCCAUAGUUGGGUUUAAGAUUUGGAUUGUUUUAAUGUAGGGUUGUAUUUCAAAUCCUAACUUGAGAUCUGUGCGGUACUAUGACAUUAUCAUAUUGCAUUCACCAAAUUUUAUUAAAACAUUUAUAAAUCAAAA